UAACAUUUCAAGCAAUUUUGUGAAGCAUUUUCUACCUGCGCUGCUAGAAAAUACUUUUAAUAAAUUGUUAAAACGCGUUUGAAUUUUUAAAAUUUCUCACUAAUUAUCGUGCAAACGCCAGUCGAUUCAUUGAAUUUGACAGAAGUGGAAUACAAACCGUGAAAAUGUCUGAUAAUCACGCAGAAAGUCCUCAACAACAAGAUGCCGAAAAUGAUAUCGCUGGCAAAAAAACGGCGGCUCGAACUCCGUCGAAAAGGAAAUCAAAAUUAGAAAGAGAACGUGAGGAAAGCGAAGAAAUAAUUAAAUCAAUGGGCGGAGCUGUCGAAGAAGGUGGUCGUCGCACUAGGUCAAGCGCCAGAGGAUCCGUAACAACUACACCAGUAACACCAGCUCCGAAAAAGCCGAGAGUUGCACGAGGCAGAGCAAAACCGAAGAAAAUUGAUGUCGAUGACGAAGCGAACGAUGUCGAAGAGGAUGCCGAAGAACAGCCGGCUGAGGACAAACAGGAAAGCAAAGAAAAUGCCGAAAGUAUGGAAGUUGAUGGAACGACCGAUGAUGCGGAAACCAAUGACACUGUAUCGCAAAACGACGACGGUAAAGACAAACAGUCAGAGGUCGAGCAAGCGAAAGAGAAAAACAGUGAAUCCGGCAAUUCGUUAACUGAUGAAAGUGCUAAGUCUACAGUUCAAAAUGACGUAGCGCCGAAAGAGGAUGCCAUAGAAAAGCCAAAAGUAGAAACACCUCCCUCGCCAGCGAAAGACUCUCCAGUCACGCGACCGAUCGAAGAAGCUGCCAUUCCUGAUGCGGCCAAAGAAGCUGCCGAAGUCAAUGAGAAGGCGAAUGACAAUUCACAUACGAAUAAUGAGUCUGUUGAUGCGGUCGUUAAGGACAAUAAGACGGAGGAGAAAAUCGAUGAUGCACCAUCCAAUGCAGAACCAACUAUAAAGCCAACCGAAUCAGCUCAGGAGAUAGCGACCGCAUUGUAAUUUCAUCAUACAGCACAAUCGAUCACAAGAAAUUUAAAUUUUAAAAUCUUAAGGUGUAAUCGUAUUAACGAUUAUCCAACAGAAAUGAAAAAGUUUUUUUUUUAGUAAUUUUUAUACUUGCAUUUCCACCCCUCCCACUCUUAACCGUAAGAUUUACUGAGACUAAAAUGUACAUUGAACAUUUUUUUUUAUAUUAAAAUGCAAUCGUUAAUGGACUUGAUGAAUGAAUGUGGUUGUCAAGUCGCAUUACUAAUAAUAUUAGUAUAGAUGAUGGAUAUGUGUACCAAAAUUAAAUUCGCGUUAAUUUUGUUAGAACUCGUAAAACAAAUGAACAUUUUUCAAAGUAAACAAGUGCAUGUACAUACGAUUUCCAAAAUGUAAAAAAAAACAAACAGAAAUUGAGAAAAUUAUCGAUAAUUCAAAAUAUUUAAUAUUACACAAUCAGCAAAGCAAGGUACAAACAGAUAUAAAUUAAAAAUUCAAAAAUUCGUGAC